GGAGCAGUGAUGUACACAAAGUUUCUCUCUCUAAUCUCUAUCCAUUUUGAGGUGUUCCCACUCAAAAGAGCACUAGCAUAGCAUAGAACCACCAAAAGACAAAAGCAGAGUGCAAGAUAAAAAGCAACCAAGAAAUUUCUAGGGAGAAACUCUCAUUUCAUUCACCUCUCAACCUCACCGGAAAUGCGUUCAUGAUUACGCAACAGCAACCUCCAGAAAAUGCGCCAAGCACUCCUACUUCGUCACCACACUGAAAGAGACACUUACAAGGCAACCGGUUGGAACCGGUCACAAGGCGGAACCCGAAGAGUCACCCCCAGCGUAGAAGAAGAUAGCAGCCUGGAGAGGCGGUUGCCGAACGGUGACGUGUACAUGGGAAGCUUCUCGGGGAACGCGCCCAGCGGAUCGGGGAAGUACCUGUGGAGAGACGGGUGUGUGUACGAAGGUGAGUGGAAGAAAGGCAAGGCGUGCGGGAAAGGAAAAUUCUCGUGGCCUUCUGGAGCCACCUACGAGGGCGAAUUCAAAUCGGGUCGAAUGGACGGCUUCGGAACCUUCACCGGAUCCGACGGCGACACCUACCGCGGGUCCUGGAGCUCCGACAAGAAGCACGGGUACGGUCAGAAGCGUUACGCGAACGGGGACUUGUACGAGGGGUCGUGGAAGCGGAACGUGCAGGAGGGGGAGGGGCGCUACGUCUGGAAGAACGGGAACGAGUACUACGGGGAGUGGAAGAGCGGCGUCAUUUGCGGCCGUGGGACGCUCAUUUGGGCUAACGGGAACCGUUACGAGGGCCAAUGGGAGAACGGUGUUCCCAGGGGGCAAGGGGUUUUCACCUGGUCCGAUGGGAGCUGCUAUGUUGGGUGCUGGAACAAGGACCUUAAGCUGCACCAGCUCAACGGAACUUUUUACCCCGGGAGCGGCGAUAAUCUCACCGUCUCAAUGAGGAAGCGUUCUUCCGUUGACAGUGCUAGAGGGAGUGGUGUUAAGAGUUUUCCCAGGAUUUGUAUCUGGGAAUCCGAGGGUGAAGCCGGGGAUAUAACCUGUGAUAUAAUCGAUAAUGUUUCGUUGUUGUAUCGGGAUUCGAGUGGAACCGGGUCAGAUCGAGGAGAUGUUAACCCGUUUCGCCGGAACCCUUGUUGCUUUUCCGGUGAGGCGAAGAGACCGGGGCAGACUAUAUCCAAGGGGCAUAAGAAUUAUGAUCUCAUGCUUAAUCUGCAAUUGGGUAUAAGGUACUCAGUUGGGAAGGAAGCUUCCAUUUCGCGAGAGCUUAAACCGAGUGAUUUUGAUCCGAAGGAGAAGUUCUGGACAAGGUUUCCGGCUGAAGGAUCUAAGAUUACGCCGCCGCAUCAAUCAGUGGAGUUCCGCUGGAAGGACUACUGCCCUAUGGUUUUUAGACAAUUGAGGAAGCUAUUUCAGGUGGAUCCUGCGGAUUACAUGUUAGCUAUAUGUGGGAAUGAUGCCCUCAGGGAGCUUUCCUCUCCAGGGAAAAGUGGAAGCUUCUUCUACUUGACCCAGGACGACAGAUUUAUGAUCAAGACGGUGAAGAAAUCCGAAGUUAAGGUGCUUCUUCGGAUGCUUCGAAGCUACUACCAACAUGUUUCGAAAUAUGAGAAUUCUCUUGUGACAAAAUUUUAUGGAGUACACUGUGUCAAACCAAUUGGAGGCCAAAAGACGCGCUUUAUUGUGAUGGGCAAUCUUUUCUGCUCAGAAUAUCAAAUCCAUAGACGAUUUGACUUGAAGGGAUCUUCACAUGGCCGGACAACAGAUAAGACCAAGGAGAUUGAUGAAACUACCACCCUCAAGGACCUGGAUCUCAACUUUGUGUUUCGUCUACAAAAUAAUUGGUUCCAGGAUUUCAUCAAACAAAUUGAGCGGGAUUGUGAGUUCUUGGAGGCUGAGGGAAUUAUGGAUUACAGUCUUUUAGUUGGCCUUCAUUUCCGUGAUGAUAAUACAUAUGAAAAAAUGGGAUUGUCACCAUUUCUUUUGCGCACAGGAAAGUGGGAUUCUUAUCAGAGUGAAAAGUUCAUGCGUGGUUAUCGCUUUCUUGAAGCAGAGCUGCAGGAUAGGGAUCGAGUUAAAUCUGGCCGGAAAUCAUUGAUUAGGUUAGGAGCCAAUAUGCCUGCGAGAGCUGAGCGCAUGGCUCGGAGGAGUGAUUUUGAUCAAUACACCCCUUGUUGCAGUGGGGAAACCUACGAUGUUGUUUUAUAUUGUGGGAUUAUUGACAUUUUGCAAGAUUACGAUAUCAGCAAGAAACUGGAGCAUGCUUACAAGUCUUUACAGGUUGACCCUUCAUCAAUCUCAGCUGUUGAUCCAAAGCUUUACUCAAAAAGGUUCCGGGAUUUUGUGGGCAGAAUAUUCAUUGAAGACUGGUAAUAGUAAAAUGGAAAAAGAGGCUCAAAUAUUAACUGAUGGAAGAGGGUUUUGAUAUGAAUAUCCAGGAAAUAGCUGAAAGAUGAAUCCAUUGUUGGAAUUGGAGAGCUUGCGGUUGACGGUUUGAUUCACUGGCCACUGCUUCUGUGGCUAUAACCAAGAGAGCUCACCUGAAUGCAGGGUUUCUUUUUGUGGCUGAAUUUUGAAUGUACACAGCCAUGAUAAUGAAGGCAGGGAGAUCUUUGUACAUGGAGGAUGAUAGAAAUGAUCUCUGUCUUUUUUUCUCUAGUUUUUUUUCCCGUGAAUGGGGGGCUUGUGGAUUCUUUUUUGUGGUCACAAAUAGGAUAUAAAUAUGAUGUGAAAAAUGAUAGAUAGAGGAGACAUGAAAAUGUUUCUCUCAGAGAUUGGAUUCAAGAUGCGUGGAUAGUUUUUUGUUAAUAAAAGAAAGUGUACAGUUCAUUUAGAAAGGAUAGAUGACAAUUAUUUAUUUAUUUAUUUCUAAAUCAUGGUAAUUCCUCUUCUU